GAGAAAGAUAAAAGAGUCGCAGUGACUACAAUCGUAGUGCCACAGCAAUAUUCUUGGAGCUAGCGCUAGCAUCCCUUGUGUACUUCCGAGACACAAGUGUAAUUGUCGUAUAUAUUUUUAACUCCUUGAGAUUGUUUGUGAAGAAGGAAUGUUGUUGGCGGGAAAGGGAGAUGUUUAAUUAAAAUACACAGUUAAAAUACAUGUUUUGAAAAAUAAUGGAUGAUAAAGUUGAAAAGUUAUUGAAACUUGGGAAAUCCCCCGAAGAGUUGCAAAAAUUUAUUAGUAAACUUGAUGCCAAAACGUUGUGUGGUAUAGUUGGGUCAUCACUUUAUGCCAGACAUAUCUGCGAUGUACUGCGAUAUAUUUUUGCUGGGCUUUCUUCAUCUGAAUCAUGCCAGGCAAAACGGUACAAGGUGAUUGAAAAACUACUGAAUGAACUGAGAAAGGAUGGGGAAAAGUGUUACAAGGAGAACGACAUAUUUGUGAUUGUGAACAUACAGCUACAGAAAAUGGACAGCAAGUAUUUGGUCAACCUCACGGAAUACUGUAUCGAGUGGGCCCAGAACGGAUCUCCUGCAAGAACUGGCUGGAAGCUGCUGCUGCCGAACCUGCUGAACCUCCUGGCCAGGAAGACCUCGGUGGAGUGCGAGGACGGAGACACCAAGUCAGGGGCGGCCUACUUGUCGGACACGGUCAGGUCGCUGAGCGCCGUCCAGUGGAGGCCGGCCGUGCUCACGGAUCUCGCCAUCGUCUUCUGCGACGUGGUGCUGAGCUCGAGGGACCACCUGGAGCUGGUGACGGCGCUGUGUCGCUGCAUGCACCGCAUGGCCCCGGCCGACCUGCCCUUGUACACGUACCAGCUGCUGAUCCUGUGUCGGCGGGAGCACAGCAUCCCUGUCUUCAUGAACCUCGAUCAGUACUUCCACAGCCGGUUGCUCGCCGACUCGGAGAGCCCCGGUUGCGAUGACAUGGAGGCAGAUGAGACCGAGGUGAAAGAUGUCGAAGAGAGAGUUCUGCUUCAGAUCUGUUUCCCUGAGGUCAACACUAAUGAUCUGUUCCGGCAUUUGAAAAUCAUCCUGGCUGCCCCAGACCUGCUCCUGAAGCACUUCACGUUUGCUUUGCUCAUGUCUCUGUCUACUGUGGAACAGCAGAAGGAGGAAGUGUGCGACCUCUUCAAGAAAGUUUUUUUGAGAUGCCAUGCUGAAGAAAAUCGAAAAAUGGCAUCUCAGUGGUUGACAAGUAUGUUUCCGCAGAAAAACAGCGCGGAACUGACAGUUUCGUUCUUUAUUCAGCAGCGGUCGAGCGGCAACAGCAUAGUCCUCCGCGGGAUGCUGAACCUGGGCUUCGCACUCCUGAGCAUCAGGCCCGUGAAGUGCGUCCCGGGCAAGGACUCGGGCCCCGAGAAGCUGUGGAGCCUGGGCUCGUACGUGGUGGUCAGCCUGGCCAAGUCGGUGCGGGGCAACGCCGGCCCCGUCCUCAGGAGGCUGUACGGCCUCAUCAUGUCCAGCGAGGAGCUGCCCCACUACACCGGCUGCUUGCACGAGCUGUGCCUGCGGGUGCCCAAGGAAGUGUACGAGUGCCGCAAGGAGGUAGCGCAGUUCGUCAGCAACCUGCUGUACAUGCGCAGCGAGAUGGCGGAGGGCGUGGUCAAGGCCCUCAUGCCGCUCACAAAGCACUUCCAGCCCAUCAAGGACGCCCUCAUCAUCGCCCUGCGCAAGGCGCUCUACGUCAAUGAUUCUGCGAAGAGACAAAUGGGUGUCCGUGGAAUUCUGGACUUGCUUAAACAGCAAGGCCUCAGAGGAUUGUCUGUCCUUACACAAAACUUUGUACACCCGGAAGGCCUGCUUAGCCCUGUGAAUGAUUCGCCGUUUUCUCAGCACAGCAGCCAGGUGAGUGCAGACAGUAGCUCAAUCUGCCAGGAGGUGCUGAACAUCCUGCAGACUGUGUUCCAGAAGCAAGGAGCAGAGAAGAUCAUUCUCUACUCAGGGUUGUGUGAUGCAUCAGUUUUCAAGAACACAAACUUACUGCCAGCUGUGCAAGAGUUGCUGUGGUCUCAGCUUGAGAAAUAUCUUGAGUCUGAUGAAGCACAGUUGCCACCUCUUAGCUUUGAUAAAGCUGUGGUUGUGCAAGGAAUGAAGACAGUGGUUAAGGAGCCCCUUGCUCACCUGGUGUACGUGAACCAGAGAAUGUCUGCGUUCAAGCUCUUGGACUCCCAGGCUAUCGACACAGAACCUCACGAGAGGAUAUUGAAUUCGCUCUGUGCCCGCAUGGUGGAAACCAAACUGGAAGAUUUUGAUUUUGGACCUCCCGAUUUCCUCGCAGACAACUUGCCCGAGAGUCUGAGGAAGCAGGAGGUGUUGCGAAUGGUUCUGAACACGUACGAGGCUCUCAUAAGCUACUGUGUGGAUUCGUGGGGCGUCGAUUCCCGAGACCAAGGGAGUACCAUUGCCAGUCUGUACGACAGCUAUUCCAGCAUCGUCGACUUUACUAAGACCAGCACAAAGUCCUCGAAGAAAGUGGAUAACAAUGAGACGCAGCCGGGGAAGAGGAAGCGUGGGUCUGGGGUGGACGCUGCCUCCGCCAGGAGUACGCCUUUCAAGCUGCCAUCGUCCAUUUUGAGCUUCGAGUCCGCAAACAGACUGCUGGAGCUCUUUCAAAGUGGACCCGUGAGCUGGUCGUGUCCAGAGGCUGCAAACGAGCUGAAAGGGAAGCGACAUUUCUGGCGGUACGUGAUGCAGGCGAUCCUCAGCCUUACCGCACAGUUCCAGGCGCUCAAGCCGGCCGAGAUGAAGAACAGUCCGGUGGUUGCAGAGAUCACCAAGUGUGGCAGGUUGCUGUACAAAAACUUUGUUACCAAACUAGAUGAGACGGCUGCGUUUGAUUACAUAACAGCAGCCCUUGCUAUUGAGUGCUUGUAUGAAAUUUUCCAUACAGUGUUCACCCACUUGAAAUCUACCUGCUCAAAAUUUCUUGCAGAAAUUGGUUUAAACUCUUCGCAAGUUCUGGAUGAUCAGCUAGGUGCCCUGAUUGAGCGCUACAAGGUGCUCUUGGAGCAGUCAUUGGAGCUAGAGGAAGGGGAGGAGGAGCCGGAACUGAAAAAAUCCACCCAGUUGUUGAUUCAAACGCUUACUCUUAUUGCCAGACAACUACCAGGGAAGAGUUUGGAGCAGAUGUACGUGUGGAUGACGGAGCUGGUGGAGAGCAAGGAGACGAGCAACGUGCAGGCGGCGAAGGCAGCCGUCUCGCUGCUGCUGGAGCUGCAUCACCGCUGCAAGCUGCGAGGUCCUCUGCUGGCGAACAUGGCCAGGUUCCUGUGCUCUUCCCGGGGCACGGUCGGCGACGAGCCAACAGCAACAGAUGGACCCACCUUCAGGAUGAUCUCCAAGGCAGUUGAAGUGCACACGUAUGGGAUGCUGUGCAACUGGAUCAUGCAUACCCUUAACGAUGUGAAAUGGACAGUGAGCUGGCUGAAAGCUCAGUGCACUUCGCAGAUGAAGUCUGGCGUGACGGUGUGCGAUGACACAGGUCGCUGGGACGAGCUCCGGGACAAGGAGCGGGCCACGUGCCUGCACCUCAGCCACGUGAUCCAGGAGCUGGCCCAGGUGAGUGCCGUCAGGGUGCCGGUGGGCGCCGUCACCACCGCCACGUUCCGCGCGGUGCUGCUGCUCUACGACGCCCUGCACCUCGUCGCCAAGUACUUCACGCUGCGCUGCACCCGGACCAACCAGGCGCACCGGCACGCCAAGUUGGAAGGUGUGAUUCGUGUGAUAAAGAAAGUUUUGCAGCCCCGGUUCACUGACCUAACGCACUAUGUCUCCCAGUCUGAUGGUGCUGACAAGGAUGUAGAAAAACAAGAAAAAAAGAAGAAAAAGCUUUCUUUAGACCCACUCGCAAUGAAAAACAAAGCCAUUAAUGAGACAAAGCUAAUUCCCAAAGUGAUCUUCGCAAAGGAGAAAUUUGAGAAAGUUGUGAUAAUGUUGUCCAAGAAAACAAAGAGUAAUUUGGAAGAUGCAUUGGGAGGUCCAAAGGAUCAAGAUUUCAAAAUACGCCUCAGUGUCAGAAAUGACGAUGAAUGAAACAUGUACAGGUAAUGCAGAUAAUGAUGGACACUGCCAGCAUGCUUACAUGUUAUGCUAAAAUUAUUUUAACUAUAACCCUCCAGUGUACCUAAAAAAAAAAAUAUGGAAAUUAGUUUUAUCACAAAAUAACAUUUGUACAUAUUUGUUAAUAAAAGUAUGUUAAGUUUAAA